AGUACCGUACCAUUCGUUACUUUCCCACUUGCAGCAAUGAAACGAAAACGACACAAAGAAAACACCAUAUUCUUUUUACUCAGAACAAGCCCGAAGCAUACUCCUUCAAAAUAAUAGUCCGAAAUGAAGUUCUUUUUUUCUGCCGCUGCAUCCGCGAUCCUUUUCCUGCUCCUGUUGGCGUCGACAACGCCUGGCGAUGCUUUCUGCUUCCAGCAACAACCGGCGCGAUCGAAAAGGACGACGUGGUUGGCGGCUCGAUCCGAUCCAGAAGACGCAAACGAAUCCGGAUCGAGCAGGAGAGCCUUCCUCGCCAUCGGCGGGAGCGCUGCGCUCGCGUCCAUGGUGGCUGCGCCGCAAUCCGCUUUGGCGGGGAUCGACGUGUCCGGCCUCCGCGUCGAGGGGGGCGGAAACAGCAACCCCGUACUGAGAGAGCAGCUCAAGGCCAUCGACGGGUCCGCUUCCGGCCGUGCCAACCAGAUACGUGAGAUCCAGGCACAGGCCUCGGCUUCGGCCGGACCCAAGCUCACCAACGGGGUGCCCGUCAAGAUCGAGGAGGAGGUCGAUCCGAGCGUCGCAACCUGGCUGUACCGGACCAAUCCGGGGCUAAGCCCUCGCCUUUCGAGGAGCGGAGCCUUCAAGAACCUCUUUCGCUGCGACGACCAGGUAGUCGGGCCGAGCGGUUUGUCCUCCAAAAGUGUGGGUGUAACUUUUGAAUUCCCCUCCGAUUGGUUGCAGCUGGACCGAUUCCUGGGCGGAAUAUCUUACGUCGACCAGAGGAACGGGGAUCGUUUGUACCUGUUGAAGACGAAGCUUCCAGAGGGAGAACGACUGGCGACGGUACCAAAGGCCUUCUUCGGCACUUCUAUAUUCGACCCGAGGGGUACCAUUGUCAAGAGCCAGGGAGUCGAGAUCGACGAGUACAAGGUCACCAGCGGACAGAUGCUCAGCGAGUGCCCAACCGACUCGUGUUCAACGCACAAGCGGUUCAAGAUUCGGUAUUCGACCGUGACCGGAAACGGCCUCCGCGUCGAACGGAGAGCUUUGUUGGAUGCGUAUGAGAUGACCGCAAGCGGCGACGUAUACAUGCUCAUGACCUCAUCGAACGCCGUGAAAUUCGAAGCAAAGGACAGCCCCGAGCGAAAAACGGUCGAGGCCAUCGUGGACUCUUUCCGCAUCGACGUCUAAGGAAAUGCAGCAUUACACGAAACAAAUCCGACCACAGCAGCAUGUGCUCCAUCGCACGAAACAGAAGGGGACGAAACGCGAGAUCUCGAAGAGCAAUCGUUGUGGAAUCGAGUGGCAUCGACCGCAAGAACCAAACAUGACACCCCCUAGGCAAAGAAAACAAACCCGUUUCAUGACCUUGACUCUAUUGCAGUUAUCCUGCGUUUUUCACGUACCAGGAAUAGAAGCCGUUUAAUUUU